AUGGGUAAACAACGCCAACAGAAUCCCAUCCUCUCUGCCCUCUCCCAAUGGCUCGAAGACCUGGGCUUGAAUACCCCAGGAGACGAGGCGGACGACGGAUGGAAGCAGGAGAUUAUUGGCAAGACCCCAAAACGAUUCACCGUCUACGAGCCCAUGGCUCUCCUGCCAGCUGGGAGUUUCACCCACACCUCGUGGAAAGCCCUGCUGGCUCGUGUGGGCGAGACCGCCGCCGCCCGGCUGUGGCCGCUGAUCCUAGAUGAACUGUCCAAGAAGGCAGGGUCGGAGCUAACUCACCUCGCGGUAACCGAGGGGAUCCCGCUGCUCAAGGAGGGCGAGCAGGGCGAGGAGAACGUGCUGCGGAGCCCCAGCGGGCUGCGGAUGCUGCACGGAGACUUUGGCCCCUCCACGCUCGCCGGCCACGGUGGUCCAGCUGAGGAGGAUUUCGAACGGGCGCUGUGGGUCUCGACCAAGCAGAACAGGAUCUAUCAGACAUGGGCGCCGCGGUGGACCAUGUUCAGCCGGGGAAACGUGAAGGAGAAGGCCAGGCUGCUGGAGUUCAAGCUGCCCGCCGGCCAGGCCGAAGCACAAGCAUGCGGCGGGGGGCAUGACGUGUGGGCAACUGACAUGUACGGAGGCAUUGGGUACUUUGUGUUCUCGUAUGCAUCGCUGGGCAUGCGAGUGCUCUGCUGGGAGAUCAACCCUUGGAGCGUGGAGGGGCUACGGCGAGGCGCACUGGCAAACCGCUGGACGGUCAGGGUUGUCCAAGGCGACGAGCUGCAGCUGCCGGCAGAAGAUCUGAUCCGAGGCGGCGAGCAGAUAGUGGUCUUCUUAGAAGACAACCAAAAGGCUCUGGGCCGGAUACGCAGCCUCCAUGCUUCUGGGAGCGCAGGGGAAAUCAGACACGUCAACUGUGGGUUCUUACCAACAAGUGAGGCAACUUGGAAGCCAGCCUGGGACAUGACGGGCCAGAGCUCAGAGACAUGGUUUCACUUUCACGAGAACGUCGGGGUUGACGACAUCAAAGACAGGCAGAGCUCGAUCGAGGACCUCUGUAAAGUAUGGGCAGCCAGCGAAGGAUCUGUUCGGAGCGCAGAGGCAGACCACGUUGAGCUGGUCAAGACGUUUGCCCCGGGGGUGUGGCACUGUGUAUUUGACGUUCAUGUUACAAGGUCUAGUAGUUGUACAACUUGA